AUGAAUUUAGGAGAUGGAGAGUUGGGACCCACUCCUCUGGCAGGACCAAGGAGUCCUACAAGAAAUGGUUAUUCCAGUGUUGCUCCUGAGGAGUUGGGAGUAGGACUGCUUGGAGCUGGUGCUGGAACCUCCCUCCACUUUGUGCCUCCUUUCCCUGUCCCUCACCAAGUGUUGACUGAUGCCUACAAAACAUUGACUGGUGGGCUGGUGAGAGGAGUUCAUGAGCAGGAGUGGGAAUUUUCUGCUAGUGAGGAGCUGAGAGACUGUCUGGAGGAAGGGUGUGAGAUGGGAAGGUGGGAUGUGGUGUCCUGUAGGAGCAAGCGAGAAGAAAAGGGGGCUAGAAGGCUGUGGGGUACAACUGGUAAAGCAUCAUCUCCACCACCUGUAAUAGACACAAGACAGAUGAGUGAGAAGCUGGAGACUAUAUUAUAUCAGCUCCGUCAGGUGACUCGAGAGAGGGAUGAGCUGCGCAAGCAACUUGCACUUUCAUCUCCUGGAUCAACCUUUGAUGACUGCAGGCCUAGUCCAAAACCAAAUCAUGAUUAUGAACGACUGAAGAUUCAGUGCAUGAAGGCCAUGUCAGACCUACAGUCUCUGCAGAAUCAACACACCAAGACACUAAAAAGGUGUGAAGAAGCAGCAAAAGAGGCAGAUUUUUAUCAUACAUUGCACAGUCGACUGCUGAGUGACCAGUCACAGCUGAAGGAGGACAUGGAUACCUUGAAGAGGAAAAACACUCAGUUGGUACGAGAACAUAAUCAUCUCCAGCAGUCAUGUGAGGAAAUGAAAAGGCUUCACGAUGAGGAUCAGAAAGAGAUAACAGACCUGCGCAGUCAGCAGCAACAGGUUAUGAAGCAAAAUGGAUCAUCAGAGAUAUUAAAUAAACUUUACGAUACAGCAAUGGACAAGUUAGAGGGUGUGAAGAAGGAUUACGAUGCCCUAAGGAAACGGUACAAUGAGAAGAUUGCAAGUCACAACACAGAUCUGAGCCGCCUAGAACAGGCUGAGGAGGAGAACAGACGUCUUCAGAAACAGAUCGACAUGUUAAUGAAGCAAAGGGACACAGCAAUUCAUUUUCAGCAGCAAUAUUCAUCCUCUCUGAGAAGGUUUGAAUCGGUACAACAGGAACUAAGCAAUGCCACAGCACAAAACAAAGAGUUGCAGAGGGAGAUGGAGCGAUUACAGUCAGAGGUGACAAGGUUCAAAACAAUGCAGCUGAAGGCAGCAAAAGAUGCAGAAAAAUACAAGGAAGAAAGGGAUUCAGUUUUCAAUGAAUACCGCCUCAUAAUGAGUGAGAGAGAUCAAGUAAUCAAAGAGGUGGAUAAGCUUCAAACGGAACUGGAGCUUGCAGAGUCCAAACUGAAGAACACUUCUUCUGAGAAGCGAGUGGCCAGUGAAGAGAUGGAAGCUUUAAGACAGGAGCUAAACUCAGCUCUAGUGGAAAGAGAUCGAGCAAUUUGUGAGAGGAAUGAGUUACUGGAAAAAUACUGUCAUGAAGUGAAGGACAAAGCUGAGGCCCAGAAGGAACUUGACCAAGCUUGCAAGGAUAUAGAGACAGUGAAGGAAGAAAGAGAUGUUGCCAGGAAAGAGAGAACAGAAGCUAUUAUCCAGAGAGACCAUCUACUAAGGGAAUAUUAUCAAGCCCGUCAGAUACAAGAUUCUGCUACCCUAGACAUAGAAAGAGCAAACAAAGAAAUCGAAAUGCUUCGGAAACAAUAUGAAGCAAUGUCACAAGAACUAAAGGAAGCUGUGCAGGAAGCAGAAGUUGCCAAGUGUAGGAGAGACUGGGCCUUUCAAGAGCGGGAUAAGAUUGUUGCAGAAAGGGAAAGUAUACGAACGCUGUGUGACAACUUAAGGAGGGAGAGAGAUCGGGCUGUGAGCGACUUGGCUGAAGCUCUUCGCAAUCUGGAUGACAUGAGAAAGCAGAAAAAUGAUGCUGUUCGUGAACUGAAGGAACUGAAAGAGAAGAUGGAGAAUCAAUUGGAAAAGGAGGCCAGAUUUCGUCAGUUGAUGGCCCAUAGUUCCCAUGACUCAGCCAUAGACACAGAUUCUCUGGAAUGGGAAACAGAAGUGGUAGAAUUUGAAAAAGACAGAGAUGACAUGGACUUGAAAGCACUUGGUUUUGAUGUGGCAGAAGGUGUGAAUGAACCAUACCUCCCUGGAGACUGUGGGAUCUUCGUUACCAAAGUAGACAAAGGAAGUAUUGCUGAUGGUCGGUUAAGAGUGAAUGAUUGGUUGCUGAAGAUAAACGAUGUGGACCUUACUAAUAAGGAUAAAAAGCAAGUUAUAAAAGCUGUUCUAAAUGGAGGAGGUGUUAUUAAUAUGGUGGUUCGAAGAAGGAAGUCGUUAGGUGGGCGAGUGAUAACACCUCUUCACAUCAAUGUUUCCGGGCAUAAAGAUAGUGGGGUCAAUCUGGAAAAUGGAGUAUUUGUUGCUGCUGUUGUGCCAGGAAGCCCAGCUGCCAAAGAGGGUUCUCUUGCUGUGGGAGAUAGAAUAAUUGCUAUCAAUGGCAUUGCACUAGAUAAUAAGUCUCUUACUGAAUGUGAAGCUUUGCUACGAAACUGUAGGGAUUCCCUUACUCUGUCACUGAUGAAGGUUUUUCCUCAGAGUUCAUCUUGGAGUGGUCAAAAUAUAUUUGAAAAUUUGAAGGAUUCAGAAAAAAUGUCAAACUGUAGGGUUCAUGCAUCAGAGAUACAGGCCCAAAAUAAAAGAAAUCUGAAACUCAACAGCUCAACCCAGACUGACAUUUUCAAUCCAGACAUCAUGGAUGGCAAGAAGGACCAGAGUGAUCAGGGCAGCACUUCAUUUUGCGACCACAAGACUUUCCCUAAUAACACACUACGAGUAGACACUCGUAGGAACACAGUGCACAGUUGCCAUAGUAAUUCAGAACACAGUCUCAGCUCCUUCAGCCCAGAGACAUAUGGGGACCAAGGCUAUGGAGCUGUUGACUUGGACAACAGGAGACUGCCUUAUGAACCUUCAGGAACUGACUGUAUAAUGGUUGAGACAACAUUUGAGAAAGGACAUGGAACUAAGCAUAGUGGUGGUACCUGGCCAAAAGUCAUGGUUAAUAUCUCGGCAACAGAAACAGAAAAGUUCUCUGUGUACAAAAAGCCAAAACAAAGGAAAUCUAUCUUUGAUCCUGAUACUUUCAAAAGACCACCCACUCCUCCCAAACUGGAGUACCUUUCCCCUAAUCAAGUGACAGGACAUUCACCUCAGCCAUCAAAAACUGAAGUGGCUUCAACACCUCCAACCCCUCCUAAGAGAAGUGACUCUAUCAAAUUUAAACAUAAACAGCAGGCAAGCUCUGCAUCAGAGUCUACGGUAACAACUGGAUCACCACCCACCAGCCCAGCCACUGCCCAAGCUCCAGUUCCCUUGGCACUUAAACAAGACUCUGCUACUCUCAAGGGGCGCAGCAGGAACACUGGGCAUUAUUAUCGGGAGGAGGGAAUUGACUGCACUCAUCUAUCUUCAAGGAAAUCCUGUGAAGAUGACAUUGGCUUUCAAAAAGUUGAAGAGCCAGAGAUUAAAAGACCAAGGCCAAAAUCAGCUCCUGCUCUGCGGCAUAAAAUGACCCCUAUGCCCAUUCCUAAUCCAGCACUUCAGGUGCAGAAAUAUGCUCCAGCCAGUGAGGAGCAUCUGUCUCCAGAGCUACAGGAAUGGACACCAUAUUCACCAAAACGUUCUGCUAGGCACAGCGAUGGUUUUGUGCCUGCUGCCUUAUAUACUGGUGGCAUGUCAGCAGCAGGGACGGUACCAAGAAGCUUAGCACCAUGCCCUGCAGUGACUGCUGUCAUGAGAAAUCCAAUCUAUACUGCCUGGAGCCAUAGAGUUCACACCAGCAAUUGCCCAUCAGUUGCCAGCCAAAUAUGUCAUCAGCAUCUGCAUCCCAGUUCCCAGCAUCAGGGUCGCCUGAGUUUGGACCUAAGUCAUAAACACUCCAAUGACUACUCUGAAAAUACUCGUACAAGAGCUUCUCAUGGUUCAAAUUCAUUACCAUCUAGUGCCAGACUUGGUUCUUCGAGUAACUUGCAAUACAGAACAGAACGAAUUAAGAUCCCUUUAACACCAAGAUAUCCAAGGUCCAUGAUGGGCUCUGACAGAGGCUCCUUGUCACACUCUGAAUGUAGCAGUCCCAGCCUGAUAACUCCUCCCCAGUCACCUCUUAACUUGGAAACGUCUUCCUUCACCAGCAGCCAGUCUCAGAACUCCCUUUCUACGUUACCUAGGAUUUCCAUUAGCCCAGUGUCUGUUGGAGAACGUAGAAAAGAUAGGCCCUACAUGGAAGAACCACGUCAUGUUAAAGUGCAGAAGGGUUCUGAGCCACUAGGGAUUUCCAUUGUGAGCGGAGAAAACGGUGGAAUAUUUGUCUCUAAAGUAACAGGUGGGAGCAUUGCCCAUCAAGCUGGCCUUGAGUAUGGUGAUCAGUUACUAGAGUUCAAUGGAAUAAAUUUGAGAAAUGCAACAGAGCAACAGGCUCGACUAAUCAUUGGACAGCAGUGUGACACUAUUACUAUUCUGGCCCAGUAUAACCCACAUAUGUAUCAGCUUGGCAAUCAUUCACGAUCAAG